AUGGCCCGCACACGUGCACGUGCUGCCAACUCGACAGCCCAGCCAUCGGAUGCUGCCUGGACCACUUCGGCAAAGCGCACACGUCUAGAUCGCCGCACAAAGCCCGGAAACCUCUACGAGUCCGACCACGACAGCGAGAACGACAGCCCAGAUGACUCCGAUGCAUCCCUCGAGUCGUUUCACGACAGCGACGACGAUGUCGCAACAGGCGCCGAUCGCGCGCUACUGGACAUUGUGAUAGAUGCGCCCAGAACAGCCCCAAAUCGUCGUGGACGACCGAGCAAGCACCAGUCUGCAUCGCGACCGGCGCCGCAGAGAGCUGUCAAGAAGAGACGCAAGGCUCCUCGGGCGCUCGGCGCCCCGAGGAAGAAGCCCAAGAGAUCGAACGAGGCCCCGGCUUCAUCGGCUCCAUUGGGCAGGAUACCCAAUUGGCUGGACCCAAAGAUACCAUACUCGGCUUGGGUCGAUAUCUUCUUGUAUGCCGCCAGGGCAGGCGGAGCCCUCGACAAUUCCUGGCUUGUAUAUGCAGCGACGACGUGUCGAGCGUUCAUGCAGCCGGCGCUCACAGGGUUGUAUAAGUGUCCUACCCCGACCACAUCCCUAAAGGCACGGAAACUCAUGACAAUCCUGGAGAAGCCAGAGGUGGAGACACUCAUUCGCUACAAACCCAUCAUCGAGGCAAUGUAUAUCGACAUCGAUCUCUUUCCCGUCGGAGCGCUCCCUCCAGUCCUCGCUUCUCUGCAGAGGCUCAAAGAGCUGAUAGUAUUCACCAAGCUCGAUCAGCCGCCGUACAGGGCUCUUGACAAGUCGCUGCGCUGGCAAUAUCCCGAACAGCUCUUUCAGUCUUUGGAGUUGGGCCAGUACAACCCGCGUGAUGAGGGCGAAACCUCCCCCGUCAUGCUCAAGAGCUGGGAGUGGAGCAGUCGCAUGCUUGGAGGGACGGUGCCAGACAUCGCAGCCAUAGCUCGCAUACACAAGCUUGCGUCCUUCAGCCACCUGACGAAACUGAGCUUCAUCAACUUCCAAACACCGUCCCUGCACAAGCCUGUGGCGAAAACCCCAGACGAAGCGCUGGAGAUCGAGCUGGCCGACGAGGCGGUCGUGGAUGAUAUCGCUGCAGCUAUCGCUUGCCUGGGAUCUCUUCGUCACCUUGUAUUUGAGGCAUCCACAACAAUGAAUGACCGAAUGCUUUCCAAGCUGCCGGCAGGCCUAGCGCACUUGGAACUUAUCAAUUGUUGGGAAGUCCGCUCAGAAGAUCUUGACAGCUUCCUGCAGAGCCACGGAAGUAGUCUGCGAUACUUGACACUCUCCCACAACCAAAGUCUCAGCUUGGAAUUCGUCCCUAACCUUGCGUUGAGCUGCCCGAACCUAGCUGAGCUGCGGAUGAAUCUGUCAUACUAUCGGCACCACGAGACAAUCGACGACUCGGAUGCCAUGUACGACCAGGCCCUGCUGCCUGGCCAGGUCCCGCUCUGGCCAUCGUCAUUACAGUUGAUCGAAAUUGAGCACGUUAGGGAGUGGACGGUGGAGGCAGCCGAAACUUUUCUUCAAUCCCUUGUCGAUAGCGCCCCGAAGCUGCCCAGACUACGCCAUCUAGCCAUCAAGACAGUGUUGAAUAUCCCGUGGCAGCGUCGUGCAGAACUACGCCAAGGAUGGACGGACAAGAUGGAUCACGUUUUCCUCAGGCCUUUUGUGCCUCCAUCGCAUAACGUCACGCUCAGACAAGAGGAGAACAUCGUCGCACCGUGUGUCGAGGAGGCCCCCCCGAAACCGCGGAAACGUGCAAAGCGUGGAUCUCCCUCCCGGCGCAGUGGUCGCAUCGCUGCCCAUUCCGCUUCUGACACGGACCGGCAUUCGUCCCGCCCACGGAAUAGACCUCAGUAUCGCGAACCUGACACAGACGAGGAUGAGCAGGAGGAGGAAGAAUCGGCCGACAGUCACUCUUCUGGGACGGAGUCCGAGCGCAGCGGGCAGAAUGAGCCACAGACCGAAAAGUUACCCGUUCAAGGCAUGUGUGACACGGUACUCAUCGUGAUCGACAACCAAAAGACCCGCGAGCUCCAGUACAGUAUGGAAGAUUUCCAAGACGAGGCCAACGAGUCAUCUGGGGAAGAGUGGAACGAGGAUAACGAGGUUGAAGAUGAUGAUUAUGCUUGGUAA